UGAGAAAAGCUUUUUGUUUGUUGAUUAGCUAAUUGUUACUACCUGUUAAUUUGUUUAUUGGUUUAUUUUUUAUUUCUCAACAAUUAAUAAUCAUUUAGUCAACAGGUUGUUGUUCAUCUUAAGGUUUAUUUGGGUGUUAAAAUAACCUUUGUUUCCGUAUCCUUUUUAUUUCUGCGUCUUUUGCUGUAUUUGUCUUUGUUCUCUCUCAUAUUGGUUAGCUUUUUUUUUCUCAACUAUGUCUGGUCCAUCAAAUGUUGCCCCUCAUCGUCAACGGUAUAAAAAUACAGCAUUAGAUGCUCAAGAGUUGCGAAGACGACGAGAGGAAGAAGGUGUUCAGUUGAGAAAACAAAAAAGAGAAACUGAGCUCUACAAGCGUCGUAAUCUUGCUGAUACAAGUGGUCUUGAUGAUGACAUCGUUCCUGGAUCUGACCUUGGUGGUCAAUCCGGUCAAGUGUUCGCCAUCACCAGUGAAAUGAUCGAAGCUCUUUACAGUGAUAAUGUUGCUGCUCAGCUGCAGGCAACACAGAAUUUUCGAAAAUUGCUGUCGAAGGAGCCAAAUCCGCCGAUUGACGAGAUCAUCAACACAGGAAUCGUGCCUAAAUUUGUUGAAUUUUUAAAACGGGACGAAAAUCCAACUCUUCAAUUUGAAGCUGCUUGGGCCUUGACAAAUAUUGCCUCAGGCACUUCAUCACAAACUCGCAAGGUUAUUGAGGCUGGUGCCGUUCCUGUUUUCAUCCACCUGUUGUCUUCAAAGGUCGAAGAUGUUCAAGAACAAGCAGUUUGGGCUCUUGGUAACAUCGCUGGUGACAGUCCUGAAUGUCGUAAUUUUGUUCUGGAUAACGGUGUUUUGUCUCCAUUGUUGCAACUUUUAACGACCUCCUCCCGUCUCUCAAUGACACGCAACGCGGUUUGGACAUUGAGCAACCUGUGCAGAGGUAAAAAUCCGUUCCCAAAUUUUGAACAGGUGUCCCCCAGUCUAACUGUCCUUUCAAGGCUCCUCUACAACAAUGAUUCCGACGUUCUUGCCGAUGCCUGUUGGGCUCUUUCAUACCUUAGUGAUGGACCCAACGAAAAGAUUCAAGCCGUCAUCGAUUCUGGUGUUUGUCGACGACUUGUUGAGCUUUUACUUCACAGUAGUCAGGCAGUGGUUUCGGCAGCUCUAAGAGCAGUUGGUAAUAUUGUUACCGGUGAUGAUCUUCAAACACAAAUAAUUUUAAAUUGUAAUGCGUUAUCUCAUCUUAAAAAUCUGUUGACUUCUACUAAAGAAACGAUCCGCAAGGAAGCAUGUUGGACCAUCUCUAACAUCACCGCAGGAAACAAGUCGCAAAUUCAAGCAGUGAUCAAAGAAGACAUUUUUCAAACUUUGAUCCACCUGUUAACAAAUGCAGACUUCAAGAUCAGGAAAGAAGCCGCUUGGGCGAUCACCAAUGCAACAUCAGGUGGUUCAGCUGAACAAGUAAAAUAUCUAGUAGAACUUGGUUGCAUUCCUCCGAUGUGCGAACUGUUGACUGUUACCGAUCCGAAAACCAUACAGGUGGCCCUGAAUGGAUUAGAGAAUAUCCUUAAGUUUGGUGAACCGAACAACAAAGCAAAUCCUGGUGCCAUUAAUCCAUAUGCUGUGGCAAUCGAAGAGUGUUUUGGUCUUGAUAAGAUUGAAUAUUUACAAUCACAUGAGAAUGUUGAAAUUUACCAAAAGGCUUAUGAUAUAAUUGAAAAAUAUUUCGGUGCCGAUGAUGAAGAAUCAGCAAUCAAACCGGAAGUUGAUCAGGACAACCACCAGUUUCGAUUCACAACGGAUGAUCCAAAUGCUGGUGGUCAAUCAUUCGCUUUCUAAUCAUUUGAUGUAAAUCAUUCUCCGAUUGUCUUUUACUCUUUUUUCUCCUGUUUUCUCUCUAUUUCUCUUUCUCUCCCUUUAUUUGUUUCUCUCUCUAUCUCUCUCUCUCUCACACACACAAACUAACACUAUUUCUAAUUCUGAUUAAAAGAAUAAAAAGUUGAAACAGCUAA